CGUCCGGAGGCUGUGUGACUCCGCAGUCCACUCGCUAGCACCUCGCUAGUGCGUCUGCGCAGAUCGCGGCCCGCACGGAGCGCGGGAAUUUCGAAUUCUGAACUCAGUUUUAAUUUUCUCGACUUUGUGCCUGACUAGCCAGUGAUUGUUCAGUGCUUUUCUUUUUUAAUUUUCACGAAGUGGAGAAUAGAGCUGGCAUGCUGCAAUAAUUAUGGGGCGUUUUAUCUUAAGAUCGCUGCUACUCGCAGCAAUCGUUUUAAGCAAUUGUGUCACGUGGACGGCGUCUCGGCAUCACUACACACAUAAUGUAAAUGGUCACAGAAGUAGACACAGACGACAAGGGGCAGGUCUGUAUCUCUCAGCUUCCUACAUCAUCCCAGGGGGAGAGGGAGGAGGCGGUUGGGGCGAGUGGGGCGAAGUCACUCCAUGCUCCAGGACCUGCGGCGGCGGGGUCGCUAGUCAGAAGAGGAUAUGUCUUCAAAUAGGGCCCGACGGGCGGCCGCAGUGCUCUGGCGGAGACACCAAGUACUUCUCCUGCCAGACCCACGACUGUCCUGAAGGCUCCGUGGACUUCAGGGCCGAGCAGUGCUCGAAUUUCGACAACGUCUCCUCACCAGCCUUCAGGGGCAUCAAGUACAAAUGGAUCCCGUACACGCGCGGUCCGAACCCUUGCGAGUUGAACUGCAUGCCGCAGGGCGAGCGCUUCUACUACCGCCACCGGGAGAAGGUGGUGGACGGCACCCUCUGCAACGAGGAGUCAUUCGACGUCUGCGUGGACGGCAAGUGCCAGCCAGUUGGCUGCGACAGAAUGCUGGGCUCGACGGCGAAAGAAGACAAAUGUCUGAACUGCCGCGGCAACGGGGAGAACUGCCACACGAUCAGGGGACUGCUCGACUCACAGGACCUCAGGCAGGGAUAUAAUGACAUGAUGAUCAUUCCGAAGGGUGCAACGAGUAUCUACAUCACUGAAACCGGCGACUCUAGUAAUUAUCUUGCUCUGAGAUCAAAGCUGUCAUCCAAGAACGGCACCUUUUACCUGAAUGGGGACUAUCACAUCGACUUCCCUCGGAGCAUGCCCAUCGCUGGUGCCACCUGGUACUAUGAGAGGAAUCAACAGGGCUUGCCUGCUCCAGACAGACUUAGAAGCCAAGGACCUAUUGAUGAACCCCUUAUCUUAGUGUUGUUGCUCCAAGAUCAAAACGUGGGAAUCGAAUACGAAUACAGCAUCCCAACAGCACUGGCACCGAAACCUGACCAGCAGUACAACUGGGUGCACGAAGACUUCACUCCGUGUAGCGCCUCCUGUGGGGGAGGUUUCCAAACGAGAAACGUAACAUGCCGCUCCCGUGAAGAAUUAGAAAUUGUCGAUGACGCCCUAUGCGAGGAAUCCAUCAGACCUCCUUCCAACCAGACCUGCAACACUGACGCGUGCCCCGCGCAGUGGGUUGAAGGUCCGUGGAGUCCGUGCUCCAAGCCAUGUGGCCAAGGCGGCUCCAGGUCUAGGCAGGUCCACUGCCAGAAGAUCAUCACUAAUGGAGUAACUUUCAGGUUUCCGUCAAUAGUUGGCGACAAAGAGUGCUUCGACCUACUGGGCCCCAAGCCGGAGUUAUUCCAGGAGUGCAACGGGAAUGCCAGCUGUCCCACCUGGUUCACAGGACCAUGGAAACCAUGUGACAAGCUCUGCGGUCCCGGCAAGCAGACGAGGCUGGUGGUGUGUCACCAGCGCACGGACGGCCGCGUGCAGUUGCUGGGGGAAGCGGACUGCGUGGACGAGAAGCCCCCGGUGGAGCAGGGUUGUAUGGAGCACCCGUGUGAUGGAGUCGACUGGGUGCUCACAGAGUGGUCUGGGUGUGACAGCUGCCUAUCCAAAGUGAGGACGCGUUCAGCAGAAUGUUCGACGAAGAGCCGAGAAGUGGUAAAUGCAUCGUUCUGCGCGAACCAUGAAGCCCCCGUACUACAGGAGGACUGUAACGAAGAGGAACUACCAGAGUGCGAGGUCCAGUGGUAUGCCACGCAGUGGAGCAAUUGCUCAACGGAUUGCGGUAAAGGCGUGCAGACUCGCAAAGUGUUCUGUGGCCUAUUCGAGAAAGAUUCGGUGCUGAAGGUCAACGACAGCCAGUGCGCCCACCUGCCCAAGUACAACGACACCAAGCCCUGUGAGAUCCCCAUGGAGAAGUGCCCCGCGCAGUGGUUCACAGGCCCUUGGGCUGCGUGUGACAAGGAGUGUGGGGGCGGCGAAACGACGCGCAAAGUGAUGUGUUUGAAGGACAACAAGGAGUCUAGUACUUGCGACUACGACACCAUCCCCGACUCCACCAUGGCGUGCAACACCGGAGCUUGCAAUGCAGAUGAAGUAACACCUGUCGACUCCAAGUCUACGCCAAUUAUGGACGACUAUGAAGAUGAAGAUGAGGAUUGUGUGGAAGAAGGAGACGAGGCUGAAAGCGAGGAAGACUUCAGUGAGGAAGGAGCCGAGGAAGAAGAUUCGUUGUCAACGAUCGAUGAUAUGAUGUUUAGCGACUCUCCGUUUACUUCCGAAGGAUCUGGUUUUGCUUCAUUCAUGGAAACGGAAUCUGGAUCUGGAGAUGUAACUGGAUCUGGAGAGAUUGACAUAACAGACACAUCCGAUUUAACUACUGAGAGUAUUGAAUCAGAAGCCACGGAGAGCACAUUAUCUGGAGCUACUGACGAAACCUCUGAAUCAGGGCCUACUAGUGAAUCUGGUCCAACUGUUGAAACAGAUGCCACGAGUGAAACAGGUGCAAGUGAAUCCGGUCCUACAGAAGUCACUGGUUCAAGUGAAGAGACGAGCGAAACUGGCGCAACAGAAACAGAAGUGACUGGCUCAAGUGUAUCAGAAGAGUCAAGUGAAUCGGGUGCAACAGAAGUCACUGAAUCAAGCGUUUCAGAAGAAAUAAGUGAAUCUGGUGCCACUGAUAGUUCAAGUGAAUCCAGUAUCACGGACGAAAGUUCAUCUACUGACGUGACUGAAUCAUCUAGUGACAUAAGUACAACAGAGGAGACAAGUGAAUCAAGCCCAACCGAUGAAACUAGUGAUUCAAGUCCUACUGAUGAGACAAGUGACUCUAGCUCUACAGAUAAUUCGAGUGAUUCUAGUACAACUGAUGAAUCAACCGAAGCGACUUCAGCAUCCAGCGUCUCCGAAUCAUCAACGUCUGAAUCAGCAUCGUCAGACUUAUCUACUGAAGGAACUACAUCAGGCGACACUGAGUCUACUAAUGAAGAAACUACGGAAUCUAGCUCGACUGACGAAUUCACUGGAUCUACUGAGGAAACGUCUAGUGAUUUAUCGACAGAAUCGGCUGCCACAGAUUUGACGUCUGAAAGUGGAACAGAGGAAUCUACGGUUUCUGGUUCUGAUGUUACUACGGAGUCGGGCAUGACUGAUGAAAGUACUACUUCUGGAUCAUCUGAAGCUUCAAGCGAGAGUGAAGAAACUGGUUCGACAGAGGUGACAGGAUCCGAACCGACUGACCUGACGGGCAGCACCGAGUUCAGCACCACUGAAUCAACUGACUCUAGUGGCUACUCUACCGAAUCUACUGAGAGCGCUGCUACUGAAGAAAGUUCAUCAACUACAGAAUUAAGCACAGAAGAAUCAACAACAGAAUCCGAAGAAUCAUCUCCUUGGGACUGGAGUACAACAUUAGGUAUCACCUCACCACGUGUCUGCAAGAGGAGGCCGAAGAAAUCCAAAUGCAAGCACACCAAGUUCGGCUGUUGUCCCGACAACAAAACAGCGGCCGGAGGUCCCUUCGAAGAAGGUUGCUUACACCCGGAGACAUGCAAGGAAACCAAGUACGGCUGCUGCCCCGACGGGGUGUCCGCUGCGGGAAGCGAGGACGGCAAGGGUUGUCCCUUACCGCCCUGCAAUGAGACCCUGUACGGAUGCUGUCUGUCCGACAACAAGACCGCGGCAGAGGGCAAUGACCAGGAGGGCUGCCCGCCCAUGCCACCCGCUUGCAAGAAGUCCAAAUAUGGCUGCUGCAAAGAUGGAGAAACUGGUGCAACAGGACCCAAGAAGGCUGGCUGCCCUGAAACAGAAGCUAAAAAGAAGGCUGAAGAGGAGAAGAAGAAAGAGAAGGCACGAAAGAAGGAGGCUGAGAAAAAAGCGAAGAUUUGCAAGAAAUCUAAGUUCGGCUGUUGUUUCGACAACGUCACCCUCGCGACUGGCCCCAACAAGGAAGGAUGUCCGUGCAACUCCACAGAAUUUGGAUGCUGCUCUGACAACGUUACUGCAGCUGUUGGCCCAGCUUUGGAAGGUUGUCUACCAGCCUGCAGUUCCACCACAUUUGGCUGCUGUCCUGAUAAUGAGACAGCCGCCCACGGGCCCGACAAUGAAGGAUGCUGUCUGCUGUACCCUCACGGCUGCUGUCCAGACAACCGCAUGCCCGCACGAGGACCUAACAAUGAAGGAUGCAGUUGCCAGAACGGUCGCUUCGGUUGUUGUCCAGAUAACUCGACGAUUGCCAAAGGGCCAUCCAACGAAGGCUGUGGCUGUCAGUACACAGAGCACGGCUGCUGUCCGGAUAACCACACACCAGCUUCAGGACCCUCGUACGAAGGCUGUGGCUGCCACACUUACCAAUUCGGCUGCUGCGACGACGGCGAGCGCACGGCUAGGGGUCCCAACAAGCAGGGCUGCCACUGCAGAGAAUCCGAGUUCGGCUGCUGUGGAGACGAUAAGACUCCGGCCACCGGGCCUGGACAGCAGGGCUGCGACUGCUCGUCCAGCAAGUACGGAUGCUGCCCCGAUGGACAGACUGAGGCCAGUGGCACCAAGUUCCGAGGGUGCACUGAUGUGCCUGAGAACAAGCAAGCUGCAUGCAGCCUGGCGUCAGAUCGGGGAUCCUGCCGCAACUACUCAGUGUACUGGUUCUACGACAUGGAGUACGGCGGCUGCUCCCGCUUCUGGUACGGAGGCUGUGAGGGUAACGGCAACAGAUUCGCCAGCAAGGAGGAGUGCGAAGACGUGUGUGUACAACCCGCACCCAAAGAUGCCUGCAAGCUGCCACAAGUGAAGGGCGCGUGCCUCGGCUACCACCUGCGCUGGUACUAUGACUCGCGGCUGGAGCGAUGCGGACAGUUCAUCUUCGGAGGCUGCCUCGGCAAUGCCAACAACUUCGACAGCGAGGAGCUGUGCAAGAAGCAGUGCGAGCCCGAGAGGAGCGCUGACCAGUGUAACCUGCCGCUGGCUCCCGGAUCGUGCGCGGGCAACUUCCCGCGCUGGGGCUUCAGUCCGGAAUCCAAGCGCUGCGAACAGUUCACGUGGGGCGGCUGCGAGGGGAACUCCAACCGGUUCAGCACCGAGGCCGCUUGCAAGGAGCGCUGCGACCCGCCCGGAAGGCCUAAGACCGCAUGCCAGGAGCCGCAAGAGGCCGGCUCCUGUUCUGAGAAGAUACCAGCUUGGUCCUUCAAUGAGACCGUCAACCGCUGCGUUCCUUUCUACUACUCGGGCUGCGGCGGCAAUGACAAUAGGUUCACCUACGAGGCUCACUGCUCGGAAACCUGUCCUCCAGUAUAUGUUAAAGACGUUUGCGAACUGCCCGCUGAGGUUGGUGACUGUGCUGACUACAGACAGAAUUGGUACUACGAUACUGCUCAAAAGAGAUGUCUCCAAUUCUACUACGGUGGCUGCGGCGGUAACGAGAACAACUUCCCGACGCAGGAGCAGUGUGAGGCUCGGUGUAAUGAGCCGCAGACCACCACCACCACCACCACCACUGUCCAACCCUCGCAGCACCAGGUGUACACCCCCUCUGGACAAGAAUACUGCUUUAUGGAGCUGGACCCAGGUCCAUGUGACAAGUUCGAGACGCGCUGGGGCUACGACUCCACUCGAGGACAGUGCACCACAUUCCAAUAUGGCGGCUGUGGUGGCAACAGGAACAACUUCCCUGACAUUGAAUACUGCCACUACUACUGCAAUAACCCUCAAGAUAUCUGUCAACUGCCGAUGCUGUCCGGGCCGUGCGGGGGCUCCGAGAUGAAGUGGUUCUACGAUCCGAGGUCAGACUCCUGCAGCCAGUUCACGUAUGGCGGCUGUGAGGGCAACGGAAAUAGGUUUGAUUCACUGGAGGACUGCGAGAGGCGCUGUCGCACUGGACCAGCCGCAGCUACCGCCACUACUACCACUACUACUCCAGCUCCACCACAGGCAGAGGAAAUCCCCCCAGAGUGCCAAGUAUCCCCAACGGCUGAGGAAUGCGUGGAGCCGGGCGUGGUGUGGUACUUGGAUCCCGAGCAGCGCGCAUGCGUGGCCUACGAGAACCAGGGCUCCGGCGCCGCCUGCCGCCGCACCGGAGCCUUCCCCUCCGAGGAGGCCUGCAUGAGGGCUUGCGGACCUUUCAGGAAUAUUGAUGUAUGCGCGUACCCGGUGGACGUGGGUCCGUGCCGCGAGUCGAUCCGCAAGUUCUACUUCGAGCCGGCGGCGGGCGCGUGUCUGGAGUUCACCUUCGGCGGCUGCCACGGCGGCCCCAACCGCUUCUCCUCCCUCGACGAGUGCGAACAAACCUGCGUGCCACAACCAGAAGACCCGUGCUCGCAGCCACAGGAGCCAGGCAACUGCGUGUACAGCUAUCCCAUGUGGUACUACGACCGGUCGCGCGACGCCUGCGAACAGUUCGUCUACAGCGGCUGCAACGGCAACGAGAACAAAUUCAACACCCGCGAGGACUGUGAAGGUCGCUGCCAACGACAGCGGGCGACCUCGCCUGCCGCUCCCGUCGCCACACCGCCGCCACAGCCUGCGGAUGAGAAUUGCCGCGUGCCACCGUCUCUGGAGCCCUGCGGCGCCAAUAUCACAGUGUUCUACUAUGACGAGUCCAGCAGAAGCUGCGUGGCCAGCGAGGUCGGUGGUUGCCGUUACCAGGGCACCUACCAAUCUGAGGAGGAGUGCGAAAGGAAUUGCGGGGUGUUCAAGGGGCUCGGCAGUGACGUGUGCCGCUACCCGCUGGACGUGGGUCCGUGCAAGGCGGCGUUCCCCAAGGUCUACUUCGACCUAACCUCGGGCCGCUGCGAGCAGUUCGCGUACGGCGGCUGCGGCGGAGGACCCAACCGGUUCUCCUCCGUGGACGAGUGCCAGAGGGUCUGCGGGCCAGUCGGACCGGACCCCGCGUGUCUGGAGGAGGUGGACUCGGGCGCCGCGGACUGUAGGGAGCUGUCCUCCCGGCGCUGGUACUACAGCCCGCAGGACGCAGAGUGCCUGCCCUUCAUCUACACCGGCUGCGCGGGCUCCAGCAACAACUUCUACUCUAUGGAGCACUGCACUCAGCUCUGCAAGAGAGAGUAUAUCUUCGAUUCAAGCGAGAACGAAGUGACACCAGACUGCUCCGCGUUCACGGAAGAGUGCGGACGGCUGCAGUGCGAGUUUGGAGUCCAGAAGUCUCACACGGCGGACGGCUGCGAGCGGUGCUCGUGUGUCCAGGUGGAGGUCAACUGCGCGCAGCUCGAACAGGACUGUGAGAAACUCAAGUGCAUGUACCGGGUCGAGAAGACUGUGGGCGACGACGGGUGCACCAGAUGUAAAUGCAUCAGCCACCCGUGCCAAGACAAGGAGUGCCCCGUGGGCGAGCGCUGCGUGGCGGCGGCCUACCGCGACCCCAUCUCGCAGGAGCUGCGCUACUCCGCUGACUGCAAGAUUGUGGACAAGCCGGGUCUGUGCCCGGCGGAGGCCAUCCUGUGGACCACGGAGAGCCAGUGCCGGCGCGAGUGUAACGACGACGCGGACUGCCGCGGCGCCGGCAAGUGCUGCGUCAGUGGCUGCAGCCACCUCUGUCUGCAGCCCGACUCCAGCACCAGCCCCUUGCCGCGCACCACCACUUACACACCAGAGCUGCCUCAGGCGCCGCAGGCCAACCUGGCGACAGAGCCGUCGGUGACGGCGGAGGAGGGCGGCGUGGCCACACUGCGCUGUCUGUUCCACGGCAACCCGCCGCCCACCAUCACCUGGCGCCGCGGAGAGAUCACGAUCGACGGCACCGUGGGCCGGUACCGGCUGCUCUCGGACGGCGCGCUGGAGAUCGUGUCCCUCUACCGCAACGACUCGGGCGUGUACAUCUGUGUCGCGCAAAACAUCCACGGACAACAGCACCAGGAGAUCCGCCUGCAGAUCAACGAUCCCGUGGAAUUGCCGGCGGGCAUAUCUGGAGAGGCCGAUGCGGAGGUGACUGGAUCAUUGGGCCGCAGCGUGAGUCUACGCUGUAUGGCAUACGGCUACCCGCCGCCUACAGUCGUGUGGCACCGCGGGAUUUCUGGACCCAUGGUGCCCUUCAGCAGCGCGUUGUACGAAGCGAGAGGCAACGUCUUGCUCAUAAGGAAGCUCAACGAAGAAACUUUAGGAGAAUACACUUGUGAAGCGUAUAAUGGAAUCGGAAAGCCUACUUCGUGGUCGGUGGUUGUAAAGGCAUACAGGCCGGAGUCGCGCUGGUACCCCUCGGCGCAGGAGGUGCUGGUGACGCAGCGGACCCCGGACACCACCACCACUACGCCAUACGUGCCGGAGAUCACGGUACCCGUGUACACCGUGCCAGUGAAGACUCAUAUCCUAGCGGAGACCACUCGGAUAGCGCCGGGCGCGGAACUGAACCUGCCGUGCGAGGUGGACGGCUACCCGCUGCCCAACGUCUACUGGACCAAAGACGGCGCCCCGCUCGCGGCCAACCAGCGCACGCAGAUCACAGAGUCCCGCCUGACGAUAUCCGACCUGACGUCGAGCGACAGCGGAGUGUACGGCUGUCACGCCAGCAACGCGUACAGCUCGCAUCAGGACACCGUCAGCAUCAGCGUACAAGGAAUCUACAUCCCGGCUAAGUGCACGGACAAUCCGUUCUUCGCGAACUGCCACCUCAUCGUGCAAAGCAAGUUCUGCCAGCACAAAUACUAUUCACAGUUCUGCUGCAAGUCUUGCAUGCAGGCCGGCCAACUGGACCCUCAGGACUUCGAGCUGCAAGCGGACCAGUCCUGGGCUGAUAAGAAAUAAACCACCCUUCCAGGGGACUUACUAUAGCUUUAAGUGUUAGUAUUUUUGUUUAAAUUCUCUAUUUUUCCACAAAGUAAGAGUAUUUUAGUAUUUAUAACAAGUAUAAACCUUUUCGGUCAAAUCCUCGAUGGACUUUAACCAGUUCGUUGUAUCAAGUGCCAUAGAGUGAACGUUCAUCACAAGUUUCUAUUCCUCUUCAAGAAUUCCAUUUAAUUUUGUGAAUGAUUGUGUGAUUGUAGUGAGUGAACUUAGCCAGGCCGCACACCAGGCAUAUAAUUGUUUCUCGAUAAUUGAAGCGCCACAUUUGAAACGCACAUUUAAUGCCCCCGUGGUGAACACGCACACCGAGGAAACAUUUCUAGCGGGCGCACUUUGUGGCGAGAUAUUUUCCGUGCUACUAGAAUUCAAGAUCGAACACGAUUGUUUUUCGUGUCGCGUUGGUUUGCAAAAAUGAAAGACAACAUUGAAUUUUACGUUGAGUUUCUUACAGAGGUUGCAAAAACCCUAUACUUAAAUCAUACAUUCAAUGAUUAUAGUAACAGACGGAUCACAGAAGUUAUUUGGACUAAGAUUGGAGAAAAAUUCAAUUGAAAUUCCCGUAAAUUCUGCAAUCUUGAUUAAACGGAUGAACCCAAUAACGUCUUUUUUUCUCAUUAAUCGCCACAUCAAGAAAUCGUCGUCAUCAGACGAUGAUGUCGACAUUCUCAAAUCGGUGACACGCUACAACCGUGCUUCCGAUGUGCGCAUAUACAUUUGUAGUAAGCUGAUGCAUCGCAAUGAUUGUGGCGACGUAAAUGUUCGAUGCAUGCAGCAUGUGACGCUGGUGUGCGGCCUGCUUUUACUAUUAUAUAAAAUUAAGUUUGCGCGACGUUUUCAUUGUACACUCUGUGUUAAGAUACCAAUAGACGCUAUUUACUGUAGAUAGAAUACUUAAAUAGGUACUUUAUGUAAAUACAUUAAAGUCACAAAUAGCACCAUCUGUGAUGGGCGGAAGACGCAAUGCGAGAGCAAUCGAAUAAAUAAAUUAUUUAUACCACGAAAUCUGAAUGUUAGUAUUGGUAGAGAUAAGCUAGAAACAGUGUUAUAUAUAGUCAUAAUAAUAUGUUAAGGAUUUUUAUAUUGUGACCAUGUAAAUAGACCAGCAAUAAAAAGCCUUACUAGUGAACGUUCUUUUAUUUAUACAUUGUUAAACCACGACUUACAUAACACACUUUUAUUUCAUUUGAUACAAAUUAUAAUACACAUGUAUCUAAUAAGUAUCCUAUAAAUUCAGUUCGAGAUGUUUUAAUCAAAUCAUAGGCUGCCUCUGAUGAUGGUACUCUUAAUUUCUUCUUGAACGUUAUGUAUGUAUGAUGUUCUUAUUCAUCGUUCCAUGUUCAAUUUGGCAAGCAAAAAAUUUGGAAUAUUCUCGAAAACAAACAAAUCUCCAUCACAUAACCAGCCCAUGGAUCUUUUAGGUAAUUUUCGGAACUACCUACAAUUUGCCUACGGCCUCGAUCUCCCCUUUAUGUACUAAGCUCGAUUUAUUUUAGCCCCUAGCAACCAAAUGUCUCCAAUGAUGAAAUAUUUGGACCAAGAAUGUUUAGAAGAAAAAUACAUACAUUCAGCAGUUCCACAUACACUAGAAUUAAAUUUCAGAUGAGCAAUAAUUACAAAGGUUAAUUUUCUGUCACGCUGAGCUCCCAUCUUUAUAUAUUCUUUAGUCAUGAUCUAAAUAGAUUUUUCAAAAGUUUCAGUCGAAAUAGUUUCGCUUUCGAAGCUCUCGUUAGAUCAUUUGACCAUCGAUUUAAUUUUAAAAAAUGAUUUAGAAAUUAUGGUAAAGGUCAUAUCGAGCAGAUGCAAGGCCAGCAUGCUUAGAAAACCAAAUUUGCCAAAUAGUACUAUUUACUGUUGGCUUCUUUGGAAGCCACCUAAGUGAAGAAAUUAAUAUUAAUCAUUAAGGCCGGUGCACAUUUAUAACAUAACAGCGCGCUUUUUUUAAUUUUUAUUUGUAACGCAGCUAGCUAUAAUUACAUGCAAAAAAAAGAAAACACAUGCGCAGGCGUUCCAA